CGCACCCGUUCUGCCCCGGGUGGUGAUUGGUAGCUGGCUAUUCGGGAACGCUAGCGUUACAGGAAGCUGUACCCCAAACUGUACAUACGAAGAAUAUAUUGAUGCUUCAAGCCUUCCAUUUCUUAAUUUGGCAACGUUGAAUAUACCGGUUGUCAAUAUGUUCAGAAUCGCUCGCAGAGGGCCAUUGGCCUCGGCCAUCAAGGCUGCCAAAUUCCCGACUCCUUACAGAGCAAUUGGAGCCUCGCAACAAACGAGAGCCCUGAGCAUUCAUGAAUACCUCUCCGCAGACCUCCUCAGGAAAUACGGCAUCGGUGUCCCUCAAGGAUCUGUCGCCAAAAAUGCCGCAGAGGCCGAAGCUAUCGCGAAGCAGAUUGGCGGCGACGACAUGGUCAUCAAGGCACAAGUCCUCGCUGGUGGCCGUGGAAAGGGCACCUUUGACAACGGCCUGAAGGGUGGUGUCCGCGUCAUCUACUCUCCCACCGAGGCCAGGAUGUUCGCGGAUCAGAUGAUCGGACACAAGCUGGUAACAAAGCAGACCGGUGCACAGGGCCGUAUGUGUAACUCGGUAUACAUCUGCGAGCGCAAGUUCGCUCGCCGUGAGUUCUACCUGGCUAUCCUUAUGGACAGAGCCUCGCAAGGCCCAGUCAUCGUUUCCUCGUCGCAGGGCGGCAUGGAUAUCGAGACUGUUGCCAAGGAGACCCCAGACGCCAUCACCACCACACACAUUGACAUCCACACCGGUGUUACUGAUGAGAUCGCACGCAAGAUCGCCGUGGACCUUGGGUUCAGCGAGCAGUGUGUCGAGGAGGCGAGGGAUACCAUCCAGAAGCUCUACAAGGUCUUCAUGGAUAAUGAUGCCACCCAGAUCGAGAUCAACCCCCUUUCUGAGACCAGCGACCACCAGGUUCUUGCCAUGGACGCCAAGCUCGGAUUUGAUGACAACGCCGAGUUCCGCCAGAAGGAAAUCUUCGACUGGCGCGAUACCACUCAGGAGGACGCUGACGAGGUCCGUGCUGCUGAGUCGGGAUUGAACUUCAUCAAGCUUGGCGGUGACAUCGGAUGCCUUGUCAACGGUGCCGGUCUUGCCAUGGCUACCAUGGACAUCAUCAAGCUUAACGGUGGUGAGCCAGCCAACUUCCUCGACGUUGGUGGUGGUGCUACCCCUGCCGCCAUCAAGGAGGCUUUCACCCUCAUCACCAGCGACCCCAAGGUCUCUGCUAUCUUCGUCAACAUCUUCGGUGGUAUCGUCAGAUGUGAUGCCAUUGCCAAGGGCCUCAUCAGCACUGUUGAGAGCAUGGACCUCCGCAUCCCAAUUAUUGCCAGGUUACAGGGCACAAACAUGGAGGCUGCGCACACUUUGAUCAACGAGUCCGGACUGAAGAUCUUCUCUAUCGAUGAUCUCCAGAGCGCCGCUGAGAAGUCUGUCCAGUUCUCGAAGGUUGUAAAGAUGGCACGCGACAUCGAUGUCGGUGUUGAGUUUUCUUUGGGCAUCUGAGCGGUUUAGACAUUCGGGGGUUGCCAUGUACUGAUUCCUAGAGUUUACUUCGGUAUACGUGUACACAUACGAUUAAUUUUUCCAUCUC